AUGGACGUGAUAGAUGCUGGAGUUGAGAACACUGACGAUGUUGACGAGUGGCGUAUGGAGCUGGAGAGUCAGCGAUGUGCUUUGGGGGAUGCGGAGGAGACGUGUGUGUUUCUACUGGAUGAUCUUGUGGCUGCAAUUUUCCAGGAGAUGCAAGUGCGGGUGCAGAAUACAGCGCUCUUUACUACGUCGGCGCGUCAAAUGUGCGCUCAAGUGUUCGAAGCUGUGGAAGUGUGUGCGUGUGAGCCAACAGACUCGCUUGAUCGAAUACAGAGUGGACGACAGCAGAUACUGAAGAGUAAAUGGACACCAAGUGUACAACGCAGUUUCAGCGCUACGCUGGUGUUUCUAAGACGCUUACUCUACUUCCUCGGCAUGCGUGAGGACCGUGUUGGCCUAGAGUUACAGCAGUUCCCGUCAUCAGAAGCAGUCUCGUCGUUAUCGGGCAAGCGCAAGUUGAUCGGUGUGAGAGGUGGAGAAGAACCUCUUAACGAGUGGUGUAUACCAGCUGACCAAGUCUCCGUGUUCUUGCAACAGCUUGUUGCCAAAGGGUUAGUGAGUGCUGUUCCAAGUACAAUAACGUUCGUGAUGGCGGUGAAUCGGGAGGUAUUUGACGUCAAGAACUCACAAGCGCGAGUGGCUUUAUCACAUCUACAACACUUCGUGCAGAGGGCGUUACUAACAGCCGAGGAGGAGCUGGAAAGCAGUGAUAGACUUCAAUCAUCUCAGCUUCCAGAGACAGAAUCUACGCCACGGUCGCGUAUCUUUCAGAUUGAGGUCUCUGGUGUCUUAAAAGGCACGUUAAAGCCUGAUUCUGGUCCUGAACAAAAGCUUCUAAGUAGUUAUCUGGAGGAAAUCCCACCCCAGGCUGUUGCGAUGGAUCGUCGUGCACCUGGCCAAGUAGCGAAAAAAGCAUUUUUAAACUCCACUCAACGUGCCAUUUCGCGCAAAGUUCGGCUGCUCCUGGCUCCCUCACCGCGACUAGGAAGUCGAUGGAAGACUGUACGACACAAACUUAUAAUUCCCAUGGACAACACUGUGAGUAUUACAGCCGAAGCUGGCAUGGAGUUGAAUACCGCGAGUUUUAAACAACCCACCGAAACGGUCACAGAGAACGAGGAUAUACCCGAUGCAGCAUCACUAUCCAAUAUCUUUGCUCUCGGUACGCCACGACAACUAUCAGCUCAAGAGCACGCACGACGGAAUGACCUUCUGGCUCAUUUAGAGCGUGAAGCAGCUCGCUCUCGACGUCGGGCGACUACUACAGCAAUCGCUUCGAUGAGUUUAAACCAUCCUUCUGAGACUGAUGAAGCUGUAAGUUCACAAGAAGAUGAAGACUUCCAAGCGUACGUCGCAGCGAACUCCACAGUUACUACCGGUUUAUCACCUACUCGACCGCAAAAUGAUCAACGAGGUCAUGGGAGAGCGAAAAUUCAACGCAGUAAGUUCGAACUGGAACGAGAUACACUGCCGUUCUCUGUCUCGGAUGGCAACGCACACGAGCAGGAGCGUCUUUCCGCUGCUAUAUGCUCGCCUAUUAAACGUCCUACAGCAUCUAUAAUCUCGCCACCAGAGACCCCAGGACGUAUUCAAACUGCAUCAACACUAGCGCAGUUACCCCAACUAGACUCGUCGCGUUUAGCUGUCGGGGUGAGUGCGGUUGUACGCGGUAUUGAAAAGCGAGGGCCUCGAAGAAAUCCAAGCCGCAACUCGCGCCUUCACCUUCAUAACUACAGCACAGCGUUCGACGAUACCGAUACAAACAAAGGUCAAAUGCCCUUCUCUCCUGUCCGAACAGCAGCCAGAGAUUUAUCCAGCAACGAAGACUCGUACAGGUUACCAGUUAUCCCUGUCGUGUCUCCAAUCAAAGCUAGUCCACAUCGCAAGCACGUAGCAUUCAAGGUUCAAAAAGAUUCCGACAAUGAGCGAACAGCUAUAUCUAUCUCACCAAAAGCUCAUAUACGACAAUGUCCGUCGACUAAGAAGCAACAAGUAUGGGAAGCUAUAACUCGAUCUCCACCUCGAGCACGGAACCACUUCGCGUCUGACAAGAAUUUCCGCAACAUUCAGCAAUAUGAUGGAAACAGGGGCGUGCCAAUGGCGCCGAGACGGAACGAAUUAACGACUUCGGAGUAUGAAGAUCAAUAA